GUCUGAGCUCGCUUCCCUUAGCCUUCCUCCCUCACACACUGUCUGUGUCUCACUCACACACAGCCACACGCGCUCACUCUCCCCCAGACCUGCUGCACAGUCUGUCGUGGACUUAACCCAGUGGCAAGAUGACGGACCAGUCUAUGUUUGACACGGACGUAUGGACCCUUACGCGGUUCGUCAUGGAGACGGGCCGACAGGCCAAGGGCUCCACCGGCGAGCUGACGCAGCUGAUCAACUCCCUAACCUUCGCCAUCAAAGCCAUCUCGUCGGCCGUGAGGAAGGCGGGCCUGGCUCACCUGCAGGGCAUCGCUGGACAGAUCAACGCAACAGGUGACGAUGUGAAGAAGUUGGACGUGCUGUCCAAUGACCUGUGCAUCAACAUGCUGAAGUCCUCCUUCGGCUCCUGUUGCCUGGUCAGCGAGGAGAACAAGGAGGCUGUCAUCAUUCCAGCAGACAAGAGGGGUAAAUAUGUGGUUUGCUUUGACCCACUGGAUGGCUCCUCCAACAUUGACUGCCUGGCAUCCAUUGGAACUAUUUUCGCCAUCUACAAAAGGACUUCAGAGGGAGAACCCACAGAGAAGGAUGCUCUGCAGAAGGGCAACAACAUAGUGUGUGCAGGCUAUGCCCUCUAUGGCAGUGCCACCCUGGUGGCCCUCAGUACUGGGGCUGGGGUCAAUUUCUUCAUGCUGGAUCCAGCUGUGGGUGAGUUCAUUCUCACUGAGAGGAAUGUGAAGAUUAAGAAGAAGGGCAAGACCUACAGUCUGAAUGAAGGCUACGCCAAGUACUUCGACGCUGGUCUGACUGAGUAUCUCCAUAAGAAGAAAUUCCCAGAGGAUGGCAGCUCCCCGUACGGUGCCAGGUAUGUGGGCUCCAUGGUGUCCGACAUCCACCGCACCAUCUGCUACGGAGGCAUCUUCAUGUACCCCGCCAACGAGAAGAGCCCAAAAGGAAAGCUGAGGCUGCUGUAUGAGUGCAACCCCAUUGCCUUCAUCAUAGAGCAGGCCGGGGGUAAGGCCACCACGGGCCACGAGAGGAUACUGGACGUCCAGCCCGAGACGAUCCACCAGCGGGUGCCCUUCAUCGUGGGCUCCCCUGAUGACGUGGAUGAGUUCCUGGCCUGCGUCAAGAAGCACCAGAAGUAGAGAGAUGCAGUGGCAGCAGGAGCGGCAGCAGCCAUAUUCGUGUGUGAGCAUGCAACUACACAGUGAAUGGUGCAGUGUUCAUUUAACACUCAGAGAGUCGGCAUGAACUAGUCUUCUAGUCGACCCUACUCUCUGGUGUUGAAUUGACACUGCAAAAGUUACUGUGUUAUGUUUCAGCCCAAGUCAACUCAUCCUGGCUUUCGUCGUUACAACAUUGUGUUUUUCAUGAUUCACUCAUGGCUGUAGCAUGGGCAAAAGUUUGUCCAGUUAUCAUAUCAGUGGCAGAGUGAUCAUGUACCGUAACUACUACACCGUAUAAAAGCCUGCAGUGUUAAUUUAACUCUAGAAGAGUAUUUGCCCUACUCUAUAAGUCAUGACUUUACACUGUAACGUUUACUUUCUCAGCCCAAGCCUUCAACAACUUUGUUUUUUCAUCAAGAAGACCAAAACAAUAACUAAAAGAAUGAAAUACAAUCCGCAUUUGUUUGUACUUCUACCUGUUAAAUGAUGGAUAGAAUCACAGAUAGACCUAACAGACCUUUUCAACCUCUGAUUGUCCGUUACAUUAUUUAGGAACGGCUUAACAGUAUGUAACUGCAUGUAACUUUGUGUACUUGCACAGUACCAGAAGACAUAGGUAUGUAGAGUGUAAGUACAUGGUAAUACAUGUUGAUACAUGUAGGCAAGGCACACUACAAAACAAACCAUGGAAUAAAGUGUUACCCAUGUUUCUUA